AUGGCCACUAUAAAACAGAUUGAUGGACGCACAGUUCAUCAGAUACAGUCAGGGCAGGUUAUCGUUGACCUUUGCUCUGUUGUCAAAGAAUUAGUCGAGAACAGCAUCGAUGCUGGUGCAACGAGUAUAGAUGUUCGCUUCAAGAACCAGGGACUUGAUCUCAUCGAGAUAGCUGAUAAUGGAUCUGGUAUUGCCCCUGAUAAUUACCCUUCUGUGGCUCUCAAGCACCAUACAUCAAAGCUCUCAUCGUACUCUGAUAUAGCCACAUUGGAAACGUUUGGUUUCCGUGGCGAAGCUCUUGCUUCGUUGUGCGCCCUGUCUACCGUUAGCAUCACGACUUGUCAGCAAGGCGAGGCUCCUAAGGGGACUAAGCUCAGCUUCGAGACCUCUGGAAAGCUAAGCGGGACAGCUGUUGUUGCAGCCUCAAAAGGCACCACCGUCUCUGUCGAGCGUCUGUUCCACAAUUUGCCCGUCCGUCGUCGUGAACUUGAACGCAACAUCAAGCGAGAAUGGAACAAGGUGAUCGCCCUCCUUGGUCAAUAUGCCUGCAUCCAGACCAAUUUGAAGUUCUCCGUAUCUCAGCAGCCUACCAAGGGAAAGAGAAUACAUAUGUUUUCAACCAAGGGAAACCCUACAACAAGGGAGAACAUAAUCAAUAUUUUCGGGGCAAAGACAAUGACGGUCCUCGUGCCACUCGAUCUGUGCCUCGAGAUGCAACCGUCUACUGUCAAUCCGGCCAUACAAGUCGACUCUCCCCAUAAAACUACGUCUAAAGAAGUCCGUAUUGUAGGCCAUGUCUCAAGACCUUCUCAUGGAGACGGGCGCCAAACUCCAGAUCGCCAAAUGUUCUUCGUGAAUGGCAGGCCCUGUGGUCUGCCUCAGUUUGCGAAAGCAUUCAACGAAGUGUACAAAUCUUAUAACAAUGCACAAACACCCUUCAUUUUGGCCGAUAUUCAACUCGAUACACACAUGUACGAUGUCAAUGUUAGUCCCGACAAGAGAAGCAUUCUGUUGCAUGAUCAAAAUCAACUCCUCGACAAUCUGCGCACUUCCCUCACAGAUCUUUUCGAUUCACAAGACUAUGCAGUCCCUACAUCUCAGCUCAUGCCGUUUAAGAAUCGCACUGAGAUCCAAGCAACUGUCAACACACCAUUCAAGCCCCAUGUCACUCCUAGGAAGCCCCCUAGUGGCUCCUCCCCGAGCCCUGAAUCAGACGACGGGGACAAUAGCGAGAAGACACCAGUGUCAAAACUAUCAUAUGGUGGCUCUGCUAGAAGGGUCGGUAGUUCAAGAGCAUUGGAGAGAAACCUCAGCAGUCAAAACUUGAUCAGCGGAUGGGUCGAAAGGGGGGCGACUCGGCGACCAGAGAGCCGAGAGCACCAGGUACCAAAUACGGAAGUUUCAACUCCUUCUGUAUCAACGAGAUCUUCCACCAAGCGAGGAGAACCGAGUCUAUUUGUCAGAAGUCCUUCGCCUGCAUCCGAAGAAGACGAGAAUGAUACUACAAAGCCGCUGCCUGUCCGGGAUUUCAAUAAGCAGCUAAGGGCAAACUCUCACACGAAAAGUAAUUCAUCUGCUGGACCGGUCAGUCCCUCGGUUUUGGUUGAGGAGGAACCCCAAAUCCCUGCUACAAUGCCUCUAAGACGGGGCCAACAAGAUGUUGCACUUACUACUCCGAGAGAUGAGGUAGUGGGGAGUGUUGCAGACUCCUCUGAUGAUGAAGACGAAGAAGCAGAUACCACUGCUGACGAUGCUAUGGAGGUCGACAAUCCGAAGCCCUCUUUUGGGAGUCGUCUCACGCAGAUAUAUACUGCUGGUACUGUAACGACAAAUGGGAGCCAAUCUUUGCGCAAAGAACCCGACGCCGAGUUGCCUGAUGAUCCCAUAGCCUCGGAAUCGGGCGACUCAGAAUUAGCUAGCGACGUUUCUGCCGAUGAUGCAGAUACUGCUGGGAAAGGCGCUUCCGAGCCGGCUGUACCACCGCCUGCUGACGAGGUAACGGAAGAACACAAAGCACCAAGUGCUUUGCCGGACAAUCCUUCUUCCCCAGUAACGGGCGAAGUUACUUCUGUUGAUCGCAAGAGUCAAAACCAAAAGUCUAGUGUACGAAAGAAAGAAGCCAUGGCUCAACUUUGUCAAUCUGUACGAACGAGUGAAGGCCUUAUAAGAGCCGAGAUGAAAUCCUGGGCAAGUCGACUUCCUUCGAACCAAGAUUGUUCGGCUGGUGAGGACGAGGUGGCGGAUCUUGAUGCUGCCGAUGCGGAAGACAAGUUAUCCCUCACCAUAGCUCGUAAGGACUUCUUGAGAAUGAGAAUAGCUGGCCAGUUUAACAUGGGCUUUAUCAUUGCAAGCCGUCCAGCGAGUUCAAGGUCAGGCGAAGAACUCGAGGCCGCUGAGAAUGACGAGCUAUUCAUCAUUGAUCAACACGCAACGGAUGAGAAGUACAACUUUGAAAGACUGCAGGAGAUCCAGACCGUACAGUCUCAACGACUAGUCCACCCGAAAAGGCUCGAGUUGACAGCUCUCGAGGAAGAGAUCGUAUUGCAGAAUAUUCCUGCAAUAGAAGCCAAUGGGUUCAAAGUACAUGUUGAUAUGAGUGGAGAUGAACCUGUAGGCUCGAGAUGUGAAGUGCUGGCGCUUCCCAUGAGCCGCGAGGUGACUUUCUCGCUUGCUGACUUGGAGGAGUUGAUAGCGUUACUUGGUGAAGAAUCGUCAGAGUCAAAGCAUAUACCUCGACCAUCAAAGGUCAGGAAGAUGUUUGCGUCGAGAGCGUGCCGAAGUAGUGUUAUGAUUGGAAAAGCAUUGACACACGGGCAGAUGGAGAAUUUGGUGCGACACAUGGCGGAAUUGGACAAGCCUUGGAAUUGUCCUCAUGGCCGUCCUACGAUGAGACACUUAUGCCAAUUAGAUGCGUGGGAUUCAAAGGGAUGGGCAGGCGAUAGUGUGCAGAGUCCUUCAGUCUCCUGGCAGGCUUACAUGAGUGGAAAGUAA